UGCUAAUUUCAGUUUUGUGGAUAUAUGUAUAUUUAACACCUAAAUAUAAAUAAACCCCAACAAAUGUGUUUCAUCUACGAGUAGUCCAGAUUCCGGGGCUAUCUAUUGUGGGCAAUCAUUAAGCUAAACACGUAACAUUCACUCAGGUAGCUAAGAAAAGCAAAAACAAAAACAAACAAAAAAAGAUAACUAAAGGAAAACAAAAAAGAAAAAAAAAAAUAACAAUGACGCCAGAGAAAUCGGUUAUAGCCUAUAUCAAUCAUUUGAUAGUCAGCAACUUUUCAUAUUUCUGGGACGAAAUCGAUGGAUAUCUGUAUUAUUUGGGCGGAACUCUGGGCACCAUCACUCUCAGUAGUUUGGCGGCCAGUGUUGCGUAUUAUUUUGCAACACGACCAGUACCGGAACAACCAUUAGUGCCUCUGGAAAACCAAUCCCCAUUGUUAGAGGGUCCAGAACAAAUUCACGUCUCCAAGUUUUACAAGGAGUCGAAAAAUGGCAAAUUCGUGUCCUAUAUCACAGAGAACGUCCGCACCCUAUAUCAGACGUUCCGCGAGGGAGCCUAUGCCUCCAACAACGGCCCGUGUCUGGGCUGGCGAGAGACCCUAACGUCGCCCUAUCAGUGGAUCAACUACGAUGAGGCGCUGCUGCGGGCCAAGAACUUUGGCUCGGGCAUGCUGGCCCUGGGGGCCCGGCCCAAACAGUUGAUUGGCAUCUACUCGCAGAACCGUCCGGAGUGGAUACUGUACGAGCAGGGCUGCUACUCGUUCUCGCUGGUGGUGGUGCCGUUGUACGACACCCUGGGUCCCGAUGCCUGCGCCUUCAUCAUCCGCCAGACGGAAAUGUCGAUUGUGAUUGUGGAGGAUGACGGCAAGGCGGCCAUGCUCCUGGAGAAGGCGCCGCGCAGCCUGAAGAUCAUCGUGGCCAUCAAGCCGAUCCGCCAGACGACCCUGGAGCGGGCGCGCAGUCGCGGCAUACAGAUCUUCUCGUUCAUCGACGUGGAGAAGCUGGGCGCCAAGGGCAAUCACCCGGAGAUACCGCCGGCGGCGGAGGAUCUGUGCACGGUCUGCUACACAUCGGGCACCACCGGCAAUCCCAAGGGCGUUAUGCUCACCCACGGCAACGUGGUGGCCGGCGUCUGUUCUGUGAUCCUGCAGAUGGGCGAUCAUCGGAUCCGCGCCGGGGAUGUGAUGGUCUCCUUCCUGCCCCUGGCCCACAUGUUCGAGCGGUGCUGCGAGAACGGCAUGUACUAUGUGGGCGGCUGUGUCGGCUUCUACUCGGGCGACAUCAAGGAGCUGACCAACGACCUGAAGAUGCUGAAGCCCACGGUUAUGCCGGCUGUGCCUCGCCUCCUGAAUCGCGUCUACGACAAGAUCCAGAACGAUAUCUCCGCCUCGGGCCUGAAGCGGGGUCUCUUCAACAUGGCCAUGCGGGCCAAGGAGAAGGAGAUUGCUCGCGGCGUCCUGCGGCGCAACGGCUGCUGGGACAAGCUCGUGUUCAAGAAAGUGCACCAGGCCUUCGGGGGCAACCUGCGGCUCAUGGUCGUAGGCUCGGCGCCUUUGGCCGGCAACGUUCUCACCUUCAUGCGCUGUGCCUUGGGCUGUCUGGUCCUGGAGGGUUAUGGCCAGACGGAGUGCACUGGCGCCAUCACACUCACGGUUCAGGGCGAUCAUGUGCCCAACCAUGUGGGUCCGCCCGUCUCCUGCAAUGCUGUGAAGCUGGUCGAUGUGCCCGAGAUGGAGUACUUUUCCAAUCAAAAUACGGGCGAAGUCUGUGUGCGCGGCUCAAAUGUGUUCCAUGGUUACUAUAAGGAUCCGGAGAAGACGGCGGAGGCGAUCGACUCGGAGGGCUGGCAUCAUACCGGCGAUGUGGGCAUGUGGCUGCCGAAUGGCACCCUGCGGAUCAUCGACCGCCGCAAGCACAUCUUCAAGCUCAGCCAGGGCGAGUACAUAGUGCCCGAGAAGAUCGAAAAUAUCUAUACGCUCAGUCAAUAUGUAAAUCAAGUCUAUGUCUAUGGGGAGAGCUUAAAGAGCUGCAUUAUAGCUGUCGUUGUACCUGAUACCGAUGUACUGAAACAGUGGGCCACGGAGAACAAUGUACGUGGCACACUCUCCGUCCUGUGCAAUAAUAAGAAUGUCAAGGAACUGAUCAUGAACGACAUGCUCAACUGGGGCAAACAGAGUGGACUGAAGUCAUUCGAACAGGUCAAGGAUGUCUAUCUACAUCCGGAUCCCUUCUCCGUACAAAACGGACUGCUAACGCCCACAUUCAAGGCCAAGAGACCGCAACUUAAGAGCUACUUCAAGCCACAACUGGAGGAUAUGUAUAAGCACUUGGAUUAAAGCAAUACCUAUAUACAUAUAUACGUAUUCCUAUACGUAUACAAAUGAAACACCAAAACACAAGAAAAACAACGAACCGAACUAAAGAUAAAGAUAAUGAUGAUGAUGAUGAUUCUGAUGAUGAUGAAGAUGAUGCUGAUAAUGAUAAUGAUAAUAAUGAGCAAAAGAAUUCAAACGGAUUAAAACAUAUGCCUAUACCAUACAAAACUGAUGAUAACUAAGACUACAGACGCAGAUACUUGAAGGCCGAGAAACGGUAGAAGAGUCGAAUUUUAAAGUUUCGUCAAUUGUUAGCAACUAAGAGAAGCGCAAGAUACACCAGAUACAAAUACAAAUACAAAUACAGAUAAAAUAUAGGACGAGAGGAGGAGCACAGGAGACAGCCUUUUGACAGCCGCAUUUUUACAUAAUUUAAUCAAGAAACGAACUAUUAACUAAUAUGUUAAAUAUACAUAUGUAUUUCCCCUAACCGACCCCUUAUGGUCUAGUUCAAAGUGAAUAGAGCACGAAUGCGUAGUCUGAACCAAAACACAUACAUAUACUAUAGCUAACUAACACAUAUUGAGCCAGUUGAAUAAAAGGAAAGCUUUAAUUAACUAUCUGCGAGUACGAGCUACACUCAGCGUUAGUUUAAUAACUUUUAAAAUUUAUAUUAACUCGAAAUUCUACGCAAGUGCGCUGAGCAACAACUAAUCGGAGGAGCAGAUCAAAUAAAAUACAAUUAAUAUAUAUUUAUAAUAACAAAAAAAAGAUCCACUUCUUUGGACUGCACUGUCUGCCUUACAAAACCAACAAACAAAAAACAAACAAAACAAACAAAAAAAUGAAACGCAAAAAUUGAUCAAAAAAUUGCAAUAAAUCUCUUAAAUCCUAAUAAGUAAACUUGAUAUGCUCGAAACAACAAACUAAAGCAGCAUGAUAAUAAUACUAUUAAAUAAACAAA